AUGUCUGGAUUGUUCGCGGUGGUCCUCAUGUCCGCCCUUCUCGGUGCGGCCUCUUUCGGGAUCGGUGUCCUUCCUUUGUUCUUCAACUUCUCCAAACAUGCGUUGGCGAAGCUGUCCGCGUUCGGCACAGGUCUGCUGCUCGGUGCAGCUUUGGGAGUCAUCAUCCCUGAAGGAGCAGAGACUCUCGCUCAUGCCGAUUCGUCAUCCGGAUUUCCUACGUCCGCGGUUGCCCUGUCUCUCCUCACAGGGUUCACGUUCAUGCUCGUCGUCGAGCAACUUCUAUCCCCCCACUCGCACGACUCGCCGUCUCCGCACCUUCCUCCAUCACCUAUCCACACGCCAAAGCCCUCCACGGCCGACACCGUAGUCGAGUUCGACGUCGAGCUCGGCGAGCUGGAGCGCGCGGAAGGCAUCCCCGUCGGAGACGCUCGCGCUCCGAACAGCGACAACGCACCGCCCUACCGGAGACCGGAGGCUCAGGACGCUGAGAGCAGGAAGCGCGCAUACCCGCUCACUCUGGGGCUCGUCAUGCACGCACUCGCGGACGGACUCGCGCUCGGGUCAUCUGCGCUGUCCGCCCCAGGCUCCGAUCCAAACGCCCCCGCAUCGGCACUACCAUCCAGUCUAUCCCUCGUCGUGUUUUUCGCGCUGGUGAUACACAAAGCACCGACGGCAUUGGCUCUGACGACUUCACUCCUCUCGACGUCCCUCCCGCGCUCGGAAUGCAAAAAGCACCUCGCCCUCUUCAGCGCGUCAACCCCCCUCGGUGCGCUAGCAUCCUACGUCCUGCUCUCCUUCUUCGGGACAAGCAGCGAGGGCCGGUGGCCCGGCGUCGCCCUGCUCAUAUCGGGCGGGACCUUCCUGUACGUCGCGACGGUCCUCAGGCCCGUCUCGGGGCACGGCGACGCAGAGGACGUCGGGCGGAAGACUCGCGUGCUCUGCAUCGUUCUGGGCAUGUUCGUGCCUUUUGCUAUCGGCGUAAUCGUCGGGCAUGACCACGAGCGUGGAGCGUAG